AUGGUGCGAUGGGGAGCCUUCACGGCUCUCAAUCGAUUCAGAAGCCAACAUGAAGCCACCUCGUCACUGCACUCAAUCAAAGAGAGUGAAGGAGAGACGCGAGACGUGGAGGUUCAUGACUUCUUUCAGCGAUCUGCUGCGACAUUGGUGGAAGUGGAUCAGAAGCUCCUGCACAACGACAAAGUGGGGGUGAUCAACAUCGACGACACGUUGGAUGCUGCAACACGAGCACGAAAGGUUUGGGCAGAUACGCUUCAAAUCAGAUGGCCCCCUCAAUGGUGCAAACAAUAUGAAGAUGAAGGAAUGACCUCGUUGGGACUCAACAACAACUGUGGGCCUAUGCAAGCAUGUCUUUACGUUGGAAACCCACAGUUUGGUUUUGUCAACUAUGACAUGAUUCCAUAUGCCUUCCUGUCGAUAUUUCAGACACUCUGUCGUGAUGACCCUUCAACCAUCCUGUGGGCCACCUAUCAGUCAGAGCCAGGUCUAGCCAUCAUCUCCCUUGUAUACUUGUUGGCUGUCAUGGUCUUUCUUCGUCAGUUCAUAUUGAACAUCUUUAUCGCGUCGCUGACCACGUUCCUCCUUCAAAUGCGAGAGAGCCGACCAUUACCUCAUCCUCCAACCUCCCACAAGAUUCACCCCGAGCUCCCAGCAUCCUAUGCUGCCGAGAAGCAACAGGACGGAGCUGCAGCAGGAGAGCAGCAGCUUUCUGAGCCAGAGGAUGAUGACGAUGAGGAGCCUGUCGUGGCAGCCCCAGUGAAUGAUCGGAAUGUGGCUCAAAUGAUUGAAAUAGCCAAGAAAUCAGAAGAGAAGGAGGAGCGCACGCUCGAAGCAUUCUUGUCAGUGUUCUUCCGCUCACGAGGAUAUCACCUUGUUCUUACUUUAUCUAUCUUGGCGAAUUCAAUAGCUUUUUUUGUUCCUCAGUAUUUCAACUCUGGAUUUGCAUCCCUAGAUGUUGCUGUCCAGAAUGCCUUCGCUAUAUACUUCCUUUGCAACUGGACCAUGCAAGUUCUAUGUGACGGUUCCCUGCAUCGACACUUUGAGGUCGGAGAGAACAUUUAUGAAUUCUUGAUUACGAUGAUAUGUACCGUGUCAUUUCUGGCUGAAAGCCUUGGGCUAAGUGCGAAUGACACAAGCUUUCUGAGGGAUGCUGCUGUCUUUCGACUUUACAGGCUCGCACAUCUCCUUCUUCUUGUUUCCAUCUGGCAUAUUCUAAAAACCACGGCUCACUGUGCUCCUUUGUUUGGAAAUGUCUGCAUAUUUGCUGGUAUGUUCUUUCUUGGGUAUAUCACUCUAGGACGAUCCGUGUUUCAGGGAUUUGAAACUGCGACAGAACCGUACUUUUCGACAUUUGGGAAUGGUUUCAUGUUGCUCUUUCAUAUCAUCUCUGGUGACAACUGGACUCACUUGAUGUACAACUCAAUGUACCUUGUUUGCACUGGACUGAGCUCUGAAUGUGAUGUUGGGUUCGCUUUGGUGGUUGCCCUCUUCUUCAUAUUUGCUUAUUUCAUAGGGCAAAUCAUCAUAUUCACUUUGUUUCUGAGUGUUUUGAUUCAAUUUUAUUCUUUGGACUCGCUGUCCAUGUCGAUUGAUCAAGACAAGGACGACAGCGAGAAUCUGAUCUUCAACAACCAACAAGCCAUCGCAUACCUUUCAAAACAUUUUGGUGUUAGCGAAGACAAGAUCUCAGAAGACAUCAUCAACUUAGCGUUCGAAGAAAUUUCAGUUGUUGGCUGCAUUGAGAAGGACAAGUUGAUUAAAUACGUCAAUGCAAAACAGCCAAUGCUUCAAUGGGGAUUAUUUUGGCUUCAGACGCGUACGAAACUUGAAAUGUUCUCUCGAAAAGUGUAUUCACACUUUUUCAGUGCUGCAAGAAAAUCAACAUUUGAAAAGCAAUUUCGACAAUAUGCUGAUCUCUCAUGCACCAUUGUGUUUAUUUUCGAGGCCUUGUGUAAGAUAUUGGCGUAUGGGAUGUUCAUUCCACGAUGGAAUCAUCAUCCCGCUUACUGGCAAACGAGUGCAAACAGAGCUGAUCUCCUCAUCUCCGUGGCAUCGUUUCUCGACGUUGUGGGGCUGGGAGCAUACCUAGGGCGCAAUACUGCCAAGGUAUUCAGAAUCGUCAGGAUCUUUCGAUUUCUGCGAAUCGUCGGGCGGAAUGAGGGGAUCCGAGACAUUCUAAAUGCACUGGUGCACUCAGCUAAACCAAUCACAUACGUCCUGAUCCUCAUCUUUGUUAACUGCAUGGUUUUUGCAGUGUUUGGAAUGUCUUUGUUCAGUCAACUCUUCUUCGCUUGCAAUGACACGAGCCUUGACGGAUUGAAAGGGGAGGGACAGGUUGAGUGUACCGGUAUCUUCUUGACUCCGGAAUUUAUUUCCCUUCCGAGGGUCUGGUCGUCUCCUCCGUAUGACUUCAACUCCUUCCAUCAUUCCUGCCUCACCUUGUACCGCAUCUCCAUGUUGAAAUGGUCUAGCAUUUGGAAACUAGCCAAGAAUGCCUACAAGCGAGGCCUGCAACCAGUAUCAAACUUUUCCGAGGUCGAGGCUUCAGCAUUCCUAGUGGUUGUUAUCACCGUCAACUCUUUCAUCGUCUUUCAGCUGAUCAUCGCUUUCAUCUGCCUAGGCUUUGAGGGAUCAGAGGCAGCAAGGAAAAGUAAGAGUGACUUCAAGUGGGGGGUAAUCCAGAAAUUGAUUCGAUACAAUUGGCCAACAAGGAGAAUGAAACCAUUAUCCCAUCCACUUGCACUUAGUCUGCAGAGAAUCCUUCAAACUUACUGGUUCCGAAUCUUUACGAUCUGCUGUAUAAGCAUAAAUGUGCUCUUCAUCGCGACCGAUCAUUCCAACGCUUCUCCACUUUUUUCCUUCUUGAUUGCUGUGCAGAAUGAUGUUUUCUUUGGUUUCAUGUGCGUUGAAUUCAGCCUGUACUUGCUUGGAUACGGACUUGAGUAUUGUUUGAAAGACUCUGCGACUCUGUUUGAUUUCUUGAUGAUCAUUCUAACCAUCGCAUUCUACAUCUUACUGCCGUGGAUGCGAUCGCUGACGCAGCUGCUGAGGGUAAUUCGCCUCUUCAGAGUCAUCAGCACCUUUGCUUCAGAAAUCAGGAUGGUCGGGGUUCUUUUCGACACUCUUACGAUGAGUUUGGCUCAGAUCUUCAAUGUCAUGGUUGUCUUCGUCGCUGUCGCCUCCAUCUUUGCGGUCUUGGGACAUCAAUUUCUCGGUAAUGUUCGCUUUGGAAGUACGUUGGGCCCGGGCUUGAACUUCUCAGGCUUUGGGAAUGCAUUCUUUGCUUUGAUACAAAUUUUACUUGGAGCGCCAUGGCAAGACAUCAUGGACGAUUGUACUGUGUCCCUUCCUUCUUGCACUCCAAGAAUAUCAGUAUAUUAUCAUGGUGCAACGGAGUAUUACUCUGAUUGCGGAAAUCCGAUAUUCUCUUACGUCUUCUUCAUGCUCUACAAUCUGGUCUGUGAGUACUCUAUGAUCCAUCUUUUCUUCGGCAUCAUCUUCAACAAUUUCAACUAUUGCCUUCAAAAGGAAGAAGAGCUUGUGAAAGACAAGGACAUCAAAGCAGUGUCUUACGUGUGGAUGGACCUCUAUGCGUCUCCUGAUGUUCAAGGCUUCGUACAACUUGAGAGGAUCGGAUCUUUGUUGAAGGUAAUAGGAGAUCCUCUUGGCUACAACAGCGUCAAGCAUAGGCGUUUGAGAUGCUUGAAGAUUCGAGAAGACCUCAGACAACUCGCUGACAAACAGAUGGAGGUGGGAAAGGGUGUUUACAUGAUCACUACAGUGUUUAGAGCUUCAAAUAUCUUGAGAAACAGGACUACGGGGACAUCACACCAGGACGAACGCAAGGAUGUCAGCAAGCAGCCUCUUUGGAGAAGAAUCAAGACCAGGGUUUUCAACUAUCUUCAUGAUUCAUUGGACUCGAUCAAAGUCAGGAGCAAUCGCAGUGAGACAAAACGAGGGUACGUGCGAUUCGACGACUUCAUAGAAAAAGCCAUCUACUGGUCCGACAUGCACGACCUCGUCCCUCGGCAAUUCCGCGUGAUCAACAAGAAGAGGGACCUGGCGAUCAGCGAGCAAGUGGCGCAGAGCAUCUUGCAGGCUCUUGUCAAGGGGUGGAUUCAACGGUGGCGAAUGAAGAAGCUGAAAGAGAGUCGACGGGAGGAGAGGGAAGAAGACGAGUUCCAUGAAGUGAACGUGCUCAACCUGCUGACGACUAAACGCAAGAUGCAAGAUGCCAACACCUCGAAGGAAGCCUGCCGCGAGAUUCUCAUCGGAAACUCUUCCGAGGACGAGAAGCUCAUCGCCAAGAUGGUCACCUAUGGGUUGAAGUCUGGGCAUGAACUCGCGGAGAUCGCCGAAGAGGCCGGCAUGUCUGUCGGCUCUGUCGGCAUCCUCGGCCUUGACGCUGAGACCCUGCGGCGAGCGAUGAAGUUGAGGGAAAUGGAGGCGAUGGUUCGAUGGGUGUCAGUCAGAGAUACGCUGGAGGCCAUGCUGGAGGCCCAUGAAGAAACGUUUGUACAACAAGCCGCGAUGGAGCAUAAGUUCAAGUAUGAGAGCGCAGAGGAUCUGAAAGAACUGAGUGAAGACGAGCUGCUCGCCCUCCUGUCUCACGCCCAGACGCUUCGAGAUUCGGCGCAGAACCUGACCUCAGAGGAGGAAGAGCCCGUGGCUCAAGAGGAGCUGCAUGAGAUGCUGGAUGACCUGGAGCGGCUCAAGUUUGCCGUCGAAGAGGAGAAGAAGAAGAAGGAGGAGCUCCUGCAGACCCUCAAGGAGGUUCAAGACCGACUGCAGUUCCUGCAAGUAGAGAAUGACAUGCUUCGAGCGAUGCCGCAGCGCAAGGAUUCGUACACCUCUGCUCUCGCUUCGGACUCGGAGCAGGUCGAUGACUUGAACGUGCAGCCGAGCAGCUCCGGCGAGAGGCAGGAGGAGCAGCAAGAAGAGCCGCAAAGCUCGGCAGAGCCAGCGAGAGCUCUCUCCGAGUUGGGGAAUGCAGCAGAUGAAGAGCACGGGGAUGGAGACGAAGGUGACGAUGAGCGCAAGACAGCGUUGCCGGAUGAAAUGGCGACGAAGCCGGGGGGGUUGAAAGGGAGUAUCUCUCAGCUCAUGGACUUGGAAAAGAAGAGAGAGUUCUCUUUGCAUGCUCUAGUCGACAUCGACGAGCCUAAGCUGAAGGGAGUGAGCACUGGGAGCGAGAGGAGUAAGAGGAAGCCAGCAUGGUUGUAA